ACCAGAAUACCAUAUAAGAGGAAAAAGCAAAGCAAAUGGUGGAUCGUCAUCAUCACCUUCUCUAAAUAGACUAAGUUUUUUCUUUUUUUCUUUUUUUCUUUUUACCAGAAAAUCGAGGUGUUCAUUAUUUUGAUCACAGCUCCUCCAGCUCUAAAACAGUCUUUCAAUGGAGGUUCAAGCUCCAAGCUUCUCAACUACCUUUGACCGUGUCUCAAUCAACGACACAUCUCCAUUUUCCUAUUCCUUAAACCGCAUUCACCUUCCAUUUUCCUCUCCUCGGACCGAAAUGCCCCAUUCUCCAACCGCCACCGAUUCCACCUCCCUUCGAAAUGGCUUUCCCUCCACAUCUAACACCGAUGGAGCAUUUCCUCCCUUCCCCUUGAACUCUUCUCCCAUCCAAUCCCUCGCCGGACUCACACAGCCGACCGCUGCCUUGAAACUGCAGAAGGUCUACAGAAGCUACCGCACUCGCCGGCGGUUGGCCGAUUCCGCCGUUGUGGCUGAAGAACUAUGGUGGAGAGCUAUAGACUAUGCCAGAUUGAAUCAUAGUACUAUUUCUUUCUUCAAUUUCUCCAAACCUGAGACUGCAGCUUCUCGAUGGAGUCGAAUUAUGUUAAACGCUUCAAAGGUGGGUAAGGGAUUGUCGAAAGAUGGAAAAGCACAGAAGUUAGCCUUUCAGCAUUGGAUCGAAGCUAUCGAUCCACGGCAUCGCUAUGGGCAUAACUUGCAUCUGUACUACGAAGAGUGGUGUGAAGGCGAUGCCGGUCAGCCUUUUUUCUAUUGGUUGGAUGUAGGAGAUGGGAAGGAUUUAGAAUUAAAUGAGUGCCCAAGAUCGAAACUCAAGCAGCAAUGUAUUGUGUAUCUUGGACCUCAAGAGAGGGAAAAUUAUGAAUACAUAAUUAUGCAUGGAAAAAUCAUCCACAAACAAUCUGGAAAACUCUUGGAUACAAACCAAGGAUCUCAAGGAGCAAAGUGGAUAUUUGUCAUGUCCACAACCAAGAUACUUUAUGCUGGUGAAAAGAAAAAGGGAAUGUUCCAUCACUCUAGCUUCUUGGCUGGUGGUGUAACAUUAGCUGCUGGAAGGCUGGUAACCGAGGAUGGAGUUCUUAAGGCUAUUUCGGCAUACAGUGGACAUUAUCGGCCAACAGAUGUCAGUCUUGUCAGUUUUUUAUCAUUUCUUCAUGAGAAUGGAGUAAAUCUUGAUGAAGUCAAGAUCUACAAGGCCAGGGAUGAUUCUGAAAGCUACAACCAAGAAGGUGGAGGCAACUUUGAAGAUUCUCCUAAAGCAGAUAUCUUAGAGGUAGAUGAGAAUUGUAUACCAUCAUCACGCCAAUUAGCUGAAGUUUCCCGAACUGAAAAAAGAACAGAAUACCAAAGAACCUUAUCUGGAGGUCUGCCGAGUCCAAGAGCCGAAGUCCCUACAACUGCCAUAUUGCAGAGAAUAAAUUCCAAGAAAACGGCAAAAUCAUAUCAACUGGGGCAUCAAUUAUCACUUAAGUGGACAACAGGAGCUGGUCCGAGAAUUGGUUGUGUAGCUGACUAUCCCGUGGAACUUAGAGUACAAGCCUUAGAGUUUGUUAAUCUAUCUUCAAUAGAUCCCACAACACAAGGUUCAAAUGUUGCAUCAAUUGCUGUAAAUCGCCCUUCAGAACUUUGCAAUGGCUAUCGGGAUCAUUCCUCUGAAAAGUAAACUAAUAUUCCUCCUCCUUUCUGUGCUUAAUGCUUAAUAUAUAGUAUGCAUGUACUAUGUAUCUAUCUGUUGUCCAUUCUCACUUUUUUGUGGGCGAAUAUUGAAUCCUUGUUGACAUUAUAAUGCCUCUCCAAAGCUUUCUCUACCCUUAGAUAUCAAUACAAAAACGUAAUGUUUUCCUUGUGCGAA